UUCCUCCCCCUUGUAAUAUCAUCUAUCAGUUUGGUGGUUUACUUGUUUCAGUUUCAAGUUCCUUGAGAAGAUCUUGAACCCCAAAUCAGCUCUUUUUCUAUUAACUUAUACUUCAUCUCAUGGCUGCCAAUUUCUGGACUUCCUCUCACUGGAAACAACUACUAGAACAGGAAGAAGUUGAUGUGGUUCACUCGCCUGAUAAGGAAAGGGGUCUUACUGUUGAGGAAUUUAAGUACAUUAAGAUGCAUAUGGCUAAUUAUAUCUGGAAGCUGGCUCAACUUGUUAAAGUAAGGCAAAGGGUGGUAGCUACUGCAGUUGCUUACAUGAGGCGUGUUUAUACAAGAAAAAGUAUGACGGAGUAUGAUCCUCGUCUUGUUGCUCCAUCGUGCUUGUAUUUGGCCUCAAAAGCAGAAGAAAGCACAGUCCAAGCUAGACUUCUUGUGUUUUACAUUAAAAAACAAUAUUCGGAUGAGAAGUAUCGAUUUGAAAUCAAAGAUAUUCUUGAAAUGGAAAUGAAGAUUCUAGAAGCUCUUGAUUAUUAUUUGGUUGUGUACCACCCUUACCGGCCGUUGUCCCAGUUACUUCAGGAUGCAGGGAUGACAGAUAUGACUCAUUUAUCAUGGGGUCUUGUAAAUGAUACAUAUAAGAUGGAUCUCGUUCUCAUCUACCCUCCGUAUAUGAUCGCAUUGGCAUGUAUAUAUAUCGCAAGUGUACUCAAAGAUAAAGACACCACAGCAUGGUUCGAAGAGCUUCGUGCUGAUAUGAACGUGGUGAAGAACAUCUCAAUGGAGAUACUGGACUUCUACGAUAACCACAAGAUUCUUCCGGAGGAUAGGACCAAUGCGAUUUUCAAUAAAAUAUCAAAGUCGUAAUAUUUGCUGAAGCUGCCUUGAUUCUCCUGUACGAGUUUGUUUGUAAAGAGAAAAAUGGAAAAUGUACCCUUUUUGUACUUUUUCUUUUACCACCAAUGCAUGAGAGCAUUGAGAGGCAAAAUGUUAAAUGACCCUUCAUUCUUUGGGUUGUGAAAAUUGAGCUCCCAAUUUCUAGUAUAAUGGCUGUCUAGGUGGUUGCUUGGUGUAUCUACAUUCAUUUUCAGCUAAUAUAAGCAUGCCAAGUUUUUCUGACUA